AUGUAUGAAUGUUGCGUGACUGAAGUGAAGUGUGCAGUGGGAACUACACAAUCCUUCCCAAUACAAGUCGGAUUACACCAAGGAUCAGCGUUGAGUCCAUUUCUAUUUGCCAUCAUUAUGGACUCGCUCACGAAAGAUUGCAGAAGGAAAGCCCCCUGGAAUAUGAUGUUUGCCGAUGAUGUGGUAUUGUGUGCGAGAGAGAAGCGAGAGCUGGAAGAUCUGGAGCAGUGGAAAUAUGCAGUGGAGAGAAGAGGAAUGAAGAUCUCAAGUUCAAAGACUGAGUAUAUGUGCCUGAAUGGGAUAUCAACUGGGAGUGUGGAAAUGUUGCAGAGACAGUUACCAGAAACAAUGGCAUUUACGUACCUGGGAAGUACACUUGAGACAGAUGGAGGAAUCGGGGCAGAAGUAAACCGAAGGAUACAAUGUGGAUGGAACAACUGGAAGAAGAUGUCUGGUAUCCUCUGCGACAAAAGUAUACCAUCGAAGAGACUAGAAGUGGCAGAAAUGAAAAUGUGCAGAUGGGCAUGUGGCCACACAUUGAAAGAUCACGUGAGGAAUGAGGUGAUUCGAGAAAAAUUGGGAAUCACGCACAUUAUGGAACAGUUCAGGAAAGCCCGACUAAGGUGGUUUGGUCAUGUGAAAAGAAGAGACGAGGAGUAUGCUGGCGCAGAGUGCUAG